AAGAUGCACUGGAACCCGGAGCAUGCCCAGCCCCUCAGCCAGUGGCCUGAGCAGCACCUGGACGUCUCCUCCACCACCUCCUCCCCGGCCCACAAGUCGGAGCUCUACGGAGGCCGUGGCCGCGGCUCGUACAACUACGCCUGGGCCAAUGAUGACAUCUCCGCCCUCACCGCCUCCAACUUGCUAAAGCGCUACGCCGAGAAGUACUCCGGCGUGCUGGACUCGCCCUACGACCGCCCGCCCGCCGCGGGCAGCUACCCGGAGCCAGGCGCCUUCGGGGGCCUCAGCGGCCCCAAGACUGAGCUGGAGCCCUGGCCGCUCACGCACGGCUCCGAUGGCUCUUAUCCCCUCGGGACGCCGGGGGGCCACGACGGCAUGCCGGGGUCCAAGCCUGCGGCCCCGCCGGCCGGGCCUCCGGGGUCCGGCAGCGGGGCCAACAGUAACCUCUCGGACUCGGGCUACAGCGGCAGCAGCUCCUGCAGUGGCUCUCAUUCCGGCGACUACCCCCCGAGCUACAACGGCACCUACCUGUCCUCGGGGUACUGUCCCCAGCCCGGCGCAGCGCUUCCCCCGGCCUCCCUCCACGCGCUCCAGACCACUCCCACCCUGGUGCCCAGCUACAGCCCCACCGCCCCCAUGUACAACUACUCGCCUAGCGCCUACCCCCACCAGGCCGGCCUGGCCCCUAACUACAGCCACCCCUCUGCCACCUACCUGCCCUCAGGCCUGUCGGCUCCCAGCCCGCUGCCCUCCAGGCCCACGGCGGUGGGGGGCAGCUACAGCUACCAGAGCUCCAGCCUCGGCGGCGCAGAGUCCGGGGGAUCGCUCAAGAGGAAGGCCUUCGACAUGAGCCACGAAGAGAACGAAAACGGGGACACUUCCCGCUACAGGAAGUACGGCUACGACCAAAUGAAGGCCGGGGAGGACACGCCUUACAGCGCCAGCGACAAAGGCGACCGGGGGAACGGUUUUAGCGCGGGCAGCGCUGAUCCUCAGACCUUCAAGCCCAGAAAGCCCUCCCCCCAGCCCCUGGUGUCUCCUCAGUACGGGGUGGCUGGGGAGUACAGCCCACCGGCGGGGAUUACAGGGGACAAUGUGGGGGGGGAACAGGGCUUCUCCCAGCUGCAGCAGCAGCAGCAGCAGCAGCAGCACCGUUCCCACAGCCACAAGAGGGACUCCCUGAAGAGCCCAGACCCCCGGCUGCUGGACCUGGUCAACGGGGAGUUGUUGGACUGCAGCCCGGGCCUCGCCUGGGGGGAGCUGGUGGGACUCACUCACGUCAAGAGCGCCCUGGAAGAGGACCUGCUCUGGCCCGUGUUGAGGCCCAGCCCGGGGGUGCGGCCGCCCUGCACCGUGCUGCUGUUCGGCCCCCGCGGAGGUGGGAAGACCACCCUGGCCCGCUCGCUGGCCUCGCAGCUGGGGGCGUCCUUCUACCGGCUGAGCGGAGCCACGCUGGCCUCCAAGGGGAAGGCGGAGGCGGAGCAGAUCCUGGGCGCUCUGCUGCAGGUGGCGGCGGCGCGCCAGCCCUCGGUGGUACUGCUGAGCCAGGUGGAGGCCAUGGAGGAGGAGGGCCUCCGGCAGACCCUGCUGUCCACCCUGGAGAAGGCCCAGGUGGGGGCGGCGGGGCAGGUUAUUAUCGUCUGCGCCACGGGGCGGCCCGACCUGCUGCAGGAGUCGGUCCACCGGAGCUUCGCCAAGCGGUACCACGUGCGCCUGCCGGACGUGGGCAUGCGCAGGCAGGUGCUGCUGCAGGCACUGGUCCCCCAGGGCUGGAGCCUCAGCGAGAGGGAGCUCGGUUCGGUGCUCCAGCGCACCGAGGGCUUCUCUGUGUGGGAGCUGCUGCAGCUCAGCCAGCAGGCGCUCUCCUCCGCGUCCAGCUCGCCGGGGGGGGCCAUGCACGGCCUGCCCACCGCCUCCUCGACCCCCACCUUCAAAGACUUUGAGAACGCCUUCUGCAAGGUGCGCCCGCACACCAACCCUAAAGAACUGGACACUUGUAUAGAGUGGAGCAAGGUGUAUAGCCACUGAAAAUGCAGCCAAACACUGUAUUGGGACUGCCAUUUUGACCCUAUCUUGGCUCUGAGACGACGAGCCUUGGGAAUGUUUUGAUGUUGUUUUGUACUUAUUAUGCAGCCAAAAGAGUUGGAAGACCUCAAAGAUGCGGGACAGCUGAUCAAUGUUUUACUGGCAUAAACAAGCCAUUGUGUGCUCUUCAGUUUCCGCUAUAAAUAAACACACUACUUUAUUUUCCCAAAGAGAUAAGAGAAAGGGCCUUGAUGAGUAGGACAAUGGCGUGUAGUUAAAAUAGCUGAUUGGCCAACGAGGAAGCGUUAUGUAAGGAUACUCUUAGAGAUCCUGAUUAGCCUUGGUCCAGGACACAGCAGGUAUUUAUGCUGGGUGCGGGGUCCAAGAUUAUGGAUAAUCAGGGUGUUGGGAAAUCCCCCUUUUCACUGCUACACUCAGGAUCGAAGUUGGAUUGCCAGCCCUCUCUCAUUUAAAUUUGAAUUAAUUUAGGAUACAUCAUUUAGCAAAAAAGCCCCUAGGAUUUUCAAAAUUACAUUCUGACCAAAUUCACUAAUAAUAGUAGUGAUAAUAACAAUAAUAAUUAUAAUAUUAAUAAUAAUAAGGAUAAAUAAUCAUAUUAUUAUAAUAAUUAGAUAUGCACCAAUCCCAAUGAAUCAUAUCCAUUGUCUCCAUAGCUUUCCACCAAACUUUGUAAUAAUUGUCACAACCGUAUUCUUCCCUUUCCAGUAUUAGUCAUGGUGGAGGUAGCUCUGGUGCGACUGGUCAGAACACAGUAUUACUAGCGCACCAUCCCUCUCUGCUAUUCUAGGGGCACCUUGCAGUUAACCAAUGCAUUUAAACACAAAAAUAGAAAACAUUUAAUGACAAAAAAUAGUACAAUGCACACACAAUAUACAGUAUUAUUUUUUUAAUUCACUUUCUCCAUUUAAGUAUUUGUUUACCUCACAUUCCUCGCUGAGUGCAGUUAAGUCUGAGAAAUCCUACUUUCAUCCUACUUUGCUUUAACCCUCUGCAGCCCUGCAGUGUGUGUUUUUGUUUUGUUUUGUUUUACAUUUUUGCUUUACCACGUACUCAUUCUUUUUUAUUUUCUUUAGUGUGUAGUCUUGUUUGAAAUGCUCAGGAAGA